UCAAGUUCAGUCAAGUUGACUGUUAUUUUUUGACAAAAACAUUGGAUGAUAGGCAUAACCUAUAAAAGGUAGAAUAAUUUAUUUGUUUAUAAUUUUAUAAACAAAACUAUUCUUGAAUAUUUAUUCAGUGACAGUGUGAGUGAAAGUGGGUGAAAUUAAGUUUUAAUAAUGUCACAUCAGAAGAGCUGGCAGAAACGAUGCGAUGUAAAAUAUUGCGUGAAUGCAAAUAAUUAUCUCGUGACAUUUUUUCCAACUCCUAAGGAUCCUAAUUUAUUUAAACAAUGGCAACAAGCAGUUCAAUGUACAGGGACGAUUUUGCCACAAAAUGGUCGUGUUUGUGAGAAACAUUUUCGUCCUAAGGAUAUUUUGGAGUUUACGUGUUUAAAAAAAGGAGAAGGAUCUAACACCUCAUUAGAUGUUAAUAAUGAAAACAUUAAAUUAAGAGUUCCUGUUAAUGGAGCAAUUCCUUCAAGAUUCGACGAUGAAAUUGCCAUUUAUUGCAGAGAAAAGGAAACAAAUAAUAAGGAAUUACCACCGAAUUCUAUGAUAAUUGAAAAUAAAAUUGUUCCUUGUAUAGAAUCUAUUAAGACGGAGCCUAAAAUGAUUGUAGCAAUGUCUGAAAAAAGACCUCAACUUACUUUUCCGAUAAAGAAAAUUGUUCGUCCUUUGAAUACUGCACCAACAAAGCUACCUGUGAUUUUUUCUCAAGUUGAAAAGAAAUCUAAUAAAGAAUUAGUCGAUCGUGUGAAUUUGAAUUCUUCUCUAAUUACAUCGAAUUCCGAGGAAAAUUCUUUAACUCAAAAGCAAAUUAUUCCACCUGCCGAAAUAGCGAAAGCAAAACUCAACAAUAACGAAAGAGGUAACAGUAUUCAAAUGAUUAGAAUGAGAACGAUCAAGGAUACGUUCUUUGAAAAAAUAUACAAUGGACUAAUUGAACCUCGUCUACCGAAUAGAGCCUGGAAUAUUCAUAAUUGCGAACAACCUCAAAAGGGAGUAAUUUUUGCAGAAUUAGCAGAAUUAAGUAGCGAUCAUCGAGUUCCUCCAAUUCUUAAAAAAUCAGUAUUUUUCGACGAGAAUUUCAAUGUGAAAAUCUAUUUUUUUGGUAAACUUUUUCCAAACGUCGAAUAUGAACCACCAAAAGGUAUCAGUGAUGUUGAAGAAUUUUUACGACAAAUUGAUGCAUUAAAAAUAUGCGAAGGCGGUCCACGUUUAACGGAAUUAUCAAAUUCAAAAUUUGCAUUUCGUGACGAAGCAAUUUAUAAAUGGCGACACAAUAAUUGUGAGCUUCGUUUAGAAAAGGGACAAGUUUGUAAAAAUUGUUCGCUACUUUGUAAAACUGUUGGUGAACGUAAUAUUGAUUUAUUAACAAUAUCAAAAACAUCGACAAAAAGAAUAAGAAUCGAUCCAAAUGAGGGAAAUAAAAUUAAUAUUACAAAAGACCAUUAAAAAUGACUGAGAAACAAAAAAAUAGUUGAUAAUUAUAUACAAAAGAGACUUUAAUUUUUGUAACUAUAUUCAAAUAAAAGAAUAUUUUUGUGUUAAUUUGCAAAGAGUUUUGAAUAUUUGAAUUUCUCCACUCUAUGUUCAUUUUGUGGAACUAAAAGCUAACCUCAAUUAUUUCCACGUGUUUGUCGUGGAAGUCGUGGACACGAAGUGUUUAUAUUUUCUAAUGAUUUUUUUAUUUACUGCGAUUUUUAAAACCCUUUUUUCUUCAAUUCAAUGAAAAUUUAUAAUUUUUCGAAUAAUUAACUAUAAGUGAAAUGAGUGAUAAAGUGAAAGUGAUGAA